UUUGCAGCCUUCUGGGAUUCUCCCAAGCUCACUCGAUCAUGCUCAAACCUGGAAAGAAGGGAUAUUCUUGGUAAUACAAUUCAUCAAUUCCCAGAUUCAAAGUCGCAAUCUUUCGAGAAUUUACAGGAACUUACAGCAGGUAAAGUGGCUGCUAAUCUUAAAGGCCCAAGGUCGAGAAUUUACAGUAAUUCACCUGUUGAACCUUAUGUGGGACAGGAGUUUGAGUUAGAAGCAGAGGCUCAUGCAUUCUACAAUGCAUAUGCCACGAGUGUUGGAUUCAUUGUACGUGUUAGUAAACUCUCUCGAUCAAGGAUCGAUAAUUCUGCUAUUGGGCGGAUUUUUGUCUGCAACAAAGAGGGAUACAGGAUGACUGACAAGCGUGAAAAUGUUAUACGGCAAAGGGCUGAGACAAGGGUUGGUUGCAAGGCAAUGAUAAUGGUAAGGAAAAUAAGAUCUGGUAGCUGGGUUGUUACACGUUUUGUAAAGGAACACAGACACCCUCUUGUUGGUCCAGGAGGUGGCAGAAGGGAUUUCAUCUACGAACAAUAUCCGGUCAGUUCUCCUUCUUCCAUUGCUAUGCAUUACUAAAUUAGUUAUCUUCACAGUUACUUCAUGCCAGAUUGAUUAGAAAUGACAAAUUGGAUGGAUCAUGAUGUCACUAUUAAGCUAAAUGUUGGAGAUUAGCAUCAGGCUAUUUCAGAAUGAAGUUUUUCAGGAUAAUAUUGGUUCUUUUACAUGUUUUCAGCUUAUUUUUCCCCACUUACCUCUUUGUUUUCUGAUACUAUUUUCCGGGGCAAACGAGAUAGAAUUCGGGAAUUAAAUCAGCAGUUGACAGCAGAGAAAAAAAGGUCUGCCACCUACAAAAGACAUCUUGAAUUGAUACUCAAGCACAUUGACGAGUAUAACGAGAGCCUAUCAAAGAAAAUACAGCACAUAGUAGACAAUGUAAAGAAGAUGGUAAGCAAAGAAGAACAAAGUCAAUUGAACUUUCAAUUAGCCACUCUUUAAAUAAUUUUUCCCUGGACGAAACACAGAAACGAACCGUCAAUUCAAAAAUACUGCGAUGCGAAGCAUACAAAGUGCAAUGUUAGUAGUAUUCUGCUAAUUGUUGACCCUAGGGUGUUUGCUCUCUGUUCCUGCUUUAGAUGUCUGGUGGGGUUCUCAUGCAAUGGAAUUCAUUGUAUUGUUUUCUUAUUUAUGCUAUGAAUGAAUGACACUUUUAAUUGGUAGAAGAAGAAAGCCAAUUACUGUCAAUGCCUGGUUUUAUCUGAGUUGAUUCUUGUGGAGCUAUGCCAGAAAUAUGAUAUUAUUACUCAAGAGAGGCAUUCAAAUGCCAUGGUAGAGUUGAAUUGUUCUAUUUUUUUUAUUGAGUUUGUAAAACAUGAUCCAAGGCUUUGACUCUUGUGUCUAGUAAUGAUUAAUCUAUUUUGUAUAUAUAAUGAGACUUGUAUGAGCAUGUUGUGCUCCUAAUCCAUGUUCAUGUUUUCUCCCUUAGCUCAGAUUCCAUCAAUUGAUUUGCUCUAAACUGUUAUGUAUGAUUUCCUUUGCUGCAACGAGUGAAGUAAUCAAUGAAAGUUCAACCUUCCAUUGCUAA